AUGUCACAUCUUGAGUCACAGCCAGACAUGAAAACGUUUGAAAACCAAUCAAUUAACUAUGAGUCAAAAAAUAAAGAAGUCCAACUAAACUGUCAUUUGGAAGAUUGGUAUCCAGACAAUGCAAUCAGUAUAAAGUGGCACAAUGGAGAUAUUGUUGUCAAUGAAACCAAAGCCUCUGAGUGCAUUAUAGGGGUUACAAAUGCAAGUGAUACUUAUUGGUGCCUCAUACACCACUCAAAGCUUAAUGUUUCCUGGAAGGGUACCUGGCAAAAAAAGGUGAUUAACUGCACGAAAUCAAACAAAGCUGGUAGCAAUUUAUGUGAAACAAUAAACCCAAAUCUAUACAUCGCAUGGUUGACAGAAAACAAUAUUCUGGAGCCAGUGAUGGCUACGUCAUCCUUUUCAAACGUUAAAGAACAUUUUAAACUUUGCAUAAAUGCCAGCGGUGAGCCAUGUUUUGAGUGUGACCUACACAGCAAUAUUACAGAGGAAAUUGGAGAGUACAUAUGUAGCUUUAAGACUACACACAGCAUGCAUAUUAUUAUCAUGGACGUCAACUUCCAGGAUGGAACAUCCGUCAACCACCUUAUGUGGCUGCUGUGCCUGUUGCUGAUACCUGUUGCUGGUUUUGGUGUUCUGAGAACCAUAAUCAUCAAAAUUCUGGAAAGGACUUCCAUUCUCAACAUCCACGGAAACUAA